AUCACGUUGGGUGUAAUCGCGUUCGGUGAUUGGCCAAGAGAGGUCGGUGGCGGGGCGUUAUGUUGUCACUUCCGGCGGCAGUAAGCCGGUGGUUUUCUCAGGUGGUCGUGUGCGCGGCAUAGAAGGAAACGGAUCUGGCUAGGUUUACCGGUUUCCCCGCCCUGCCAUGGCCUCCCUGCUCAAGGUGGACCCGGAAGUUAAGUUCAAGGUAGACUCUUUCAGGGAGCGGAUCACAGGUGAAGCUGAGGAUCUAGUGGCACAUUUUUUUCCAGAGAAGCUUUUAGAACUUGAUGGAUUCCUUAAGGAUCCCAUUUUGAACAUUCACGAUCUCACGCAAAUCCAUUCAGAUAUGAACCUUCCCAUUCUGGACCCGAUUUUGCUGACAAACAGUCAUGAUGGACUUGAUGGGCCCAAUAUGAAAAAGCAAAAGUUGGAAGACUGUGAAGAGUCCUUCCAAGCAGGUACCAAAGUCUUUGUCAUGCCUAAUGGGAUGCUGAAGAGCAACCAGCAGCUGGUGGACAUCAUUGAGAAAGUAAAACCAGAGAUUCGGCUGCUGAUUGAGAAAUGCAAUACAGUCAAAAUGUGGGUGCAACUGCUGAUUCCCAGGAUAGAGGAUGGAAACAACUUUGGUGUUUCUAUUCAGGAAGAGACUGUAGCUGAGCUCCGAACUGUGGAGAGUGAGGCAGCUUCAUACUUGGACCAGAUCUCUAGAUACUACAUCACACGAGCAAAGCUGGUUUCUAAAAUAGCAAAAUAUCCUCAUGUGGAGGAUUACCGCCGCACAGUGACUGAAAUGGAUGAAAAGGAAUACAUCAGUCUCCGGCUCAUCAUUUCAGAGCUCAGAAAUCAAUACAUAUGGUUAGAGAAACACACAAAUGGAUCUUUAUGCACAGAGUUUCCAUAUAAUUGUGCAGACUUCUUGAUUUUGGAACAGUCCCACUGAUCACCCUCUGAUAACGUGAAGCUGUCCAAUCUGUUUGGUCUGCAAAUGCCAGACAAGAGUUUAAGUGUUGCUGAUUUAAAUUCUAUUCAUGCCUCGCAUUGAUCAGUCUGAAUAGCUUCUUUGAAGGGUGUAAUUAAAAAUAAGGAUAGAGUAAUUGAUACUUUUUGGCCUACUGCCUUGGUUAAUAAUUACAUCACCUAUUUUACACAGAUCCUGUGCUUUUUUGGGGGGACAUGAAAAAGGAAAAUAUUACACUCUAUCCACAUAUUAUAAUAUGUAGAACUUAUAAACUGGGCUCACAUAACAUUCUAAUCCUAAUUCACCAAAGAGUAUACCAUGUGACCCCAGGCAACUGUGGAUUCUUCCACAAACCAUAUUUAAACAAAGUGCCAUAGUACAGUCUGCGAACCAGGACACAAUAAUA